AUGCAACUGCUAAAGAGUGUGCUCGGGGCUGCAGUAGAGUUUCCUGGGCUCAAGGGUGCUACAACGGCAUCUCUGCCUACGUUUCCCAAACUCGCUUCAACCACAGUUCUUACCGCCAUAGCAUCUCCAGACCAAGACUAUCUCAUGAAGUUCAGCACCGAUAACAACCUCCAGUCCACGAUGUCUUCACCAGUCCAUGUAAUACGAGUAAUACCCUGUCCGUUUGACGUGGAGGCAGACGAGGCAGGGAGCGAGAGUCCCUAUAUCGAAAAGAAGCUUGAGAUCCUGCCUGACCUGGACAGCGACCCUGAGCGCGCCAAGGCCUUCUCUGCCAUCCCAGGUUUUGAUGACCAUCUCUGCCUAGAUAUCAUUCGCCCAUACGGUAGGAUUUUUGCCGACAAGGGCCUCAAGUACCUGCUCAAGAGGCUGAGUGUUGGCCGUGGCGCAAUUGACGCGAACUAUCUUGAUGAGGAUAAGUUACCGUGGUUGCCGGACAUCCAGAACAAGGCCUUGAACAUCCUCACGCGCUUGUGUGAAUUUGUCGACAAGGUGUCUUUCGGUGCUACCAACGCCACGAAGAGCGAAAUCCUUGCCCUGUGAAUAGCCGUCUUUGGGAUCCUUCAAUACAGG